AUGCCCGCCAGCGCAGUGACUGGCGGAGCCGCGGCUGGUGGGAGUAGGCAGAUGAGCAUGGGCGCAUUCGUCACGCCGCGUGUUCAUGGCCAGCAGCUGCGCGAGGGGUUGGUGCAGCUAUUUGCGGCAGCCGACCUUCCGUUUCGACUGGUUGAGUGUCGCGAGGUGAGUGAUGCGGUACUCUUGUCGUUGUUCAUCCUGCUCCUCCGUAUUGACAUGGUCCUCUCUGCUCCUCAUCCCAUCCCACCAUCUCUGCUCCUCAUCCCAUCCCACCAUCUCUGCUCCUCAUCCCAUGCCACCAUCUCUGCUCCUCAUCCCAUCCCACCAUCUCUGCUCCUCAUCCCAUCCCACCAUCUCUGCUCCUCAUCCCAUCCCACCAUCUCUGCUCCUCAUCCCAUCCCACCAUCUCUGCUCCUCAUCCCAUCCCACCAUCUCUGCUCCUCAUCCCAUCCCACCAUCUCUGCUCCUCAUCCCGACAUCCACACCACCAUUUAUGCGUUUGUAUUUGCAUCUACAGCAUACGGGGAGGCUGCUAGGGAGGACAUGCGACAGCUAUUGGUGGGUGAUGGCCUGGCGGGAAGGAUGUCUCUCACCUUUGACAUCUGGACCGGUGAGAACAACGUGGCCUUCAUGGCGGUGACCUGCCACUAUGUCACCAGCGAUUUCCAGCUGAAACCGGCUGUUAUAGACUUCAGGGAGCUUAAGGGCUCUCAUACGGGGGACUUGAUAGCCGAUGAGCUGGAGGAGGUGUUGAGGGAGUGGGGCUUGGAGAAGAUGCUGUUCGCCGUGACGUGUGACAAUGCCGAGAACAACAGCAGGGCGAUGCGUCUGCUGGCCGGUGUACCUGACGCCAGGCCGGGCUCGCGGCCCAGGCACCCACCACUGCUCAGUCGCUGGAGGCACUUCAGGUGCGUGGCGCACGUCGUCAACCUUGCAGUGCAGGCUGCACUGAAGGUUGACGAGGUGGCCGAGCCACUCAAGAGGCUGCGGGAUGUGGCGAACUACAUCGGCUGGUCCACGCUGCGCACAGAUCGUUUCUUUGAGCUCCAGAGGGGAUACGCGGCGACCCGGCCCCAGGGUCCUCCGUGUUCGCGGCGAGCAUCGGGUCCGUUGCGCUUGAUCGUGGACUCGCCGACGAGAUGGGGUUCUACACUCAACAUGGUGAACAGGGGCUUCAAGAUGCGCAUGCCCAUUGCCAUGUUUUUCGACGAUUCCGAUCCAUCCAUCAGCAAGGAGACUCGGAAGGCGUGGGACGCCAUCAGGUUGACGGAUGCGCACUGGGACGACCUCGCCGAGCUCCGAGACUUCCUCACCCCAUUCGAGCAAGUCACCCCCUUCGCCGAGGGUUCCCUGUACCCUACCCUCUCGGCCGUUGUACCGCAGUACAACGUGCUGAUUGAUCUGCAGGAGAAGGCACAGCUCACUCCUGGCAUCUCCCCUCUGCGCUCAUCGCUGAUUACUGCUGCUCUGGGCAAGCUGGAGCGACACAUGGGGGGUGUGAGCGAGGAGGCAGCGAUAGCCACUUUCUUGGACCCGUGCCAGAAGCUCGCACCCUUCAAGCACCGAGCGAGGGCAGCGGAGGGGAAUUCGAGAGGGGCAACACUGGAGCUAGGCCCUGAUAGGGUGAAGGCCCUGGUACGGGCGCGCCUUUCAGAGUACCAGGCAGCCAGCACCACGGCACAGGGCGAUGGUGGGGAGGUGACUAGUGCAAGGGGUGCAGGGGUGCAUGCAUCGGCAGGGGGCGGGGCUGUGGAUGCAUCGGCAAAGGUCAGCAUACAGUCUCAGUUGUUCGCAGCGUGGGACGCCAUGGAGGCCGAAGAGGGGGAGGAUCCACAGGAUGAGGUGGAUCAGUACCUCGCAGAGGGGAGGCAGAGGGGUGGAAGCGCAUUGGAGUAUUGGCACAGCAGGGAGACCCUGAAGGGCUUGAGGGCGAUGGCUCGCGAUUAUCUGGGGGUACCGGCUUCGUCAGCAGCGAGUGAACGCGCAUUUUCACAAAGCAGGAACAUUAUUACUUGGCAGCGACACCGACUGGCAGCUGGCCAACUGCGUGCUUCCAUGCUGAUUAAGACGUGGCAGGACCACCACCCUUUGGGGACUCUCGCUCCCAAGGGCACCUCAAGCAAAAUCCUACCCUUGGACCGCCCCAACAGUCGCCUGCUGGGGCUCUUCUGCAAGAAGCCCGACAUGAUGAGCCUCAGCAGGCGCCUGUUGGGGCAACACGUUGAGCCCACCAGUCGCCUGCUGAGCCUCAUGAGCAACGACACGUGGCCACAGCGCAUGGCGAGUCUGCUGGAGGAGCGCAGUCUGAGCGUGCUCCUCGCAACCAUGUCGCUGCUCGUGGCGCUGGUGGCAGCGAACCCGGAGGCGUACCUGUGCUGUGUGCCCAAGUGCGUCAAGGUGCUGGAGCGCCUCGCCAAGUGUGUGGACAUCCCGCAGGACUACACGUACGCCAUCCCCUCGCCCUGGCUGCAGGUACGCCAUCCCCUCGCCCUGGCUGCAGGUACGCCAUCCCCUCGCCCUGGCUGCAGUCGCCCCCUGGAACCGCACUCCCUCCACCCCUGUCUUCCUCCAUACCUCUCCCAACCCACGAUGGUCCCUGUACAGUCUUUCACAGGUGGGCUGCUGGGCACAGGUGGGGCUGCUGGUCACAGGUGGGGCUGCUGGUCACAGGUGGGGCUGCUGGUCACAGGUGGGGCUGCUGGUCACAGGUGGGGCUGCUGGUCACAGGUGGGGCUGCUGGUCACAGGUGGGGCUGCUGGUCACAGGUGGGGCUGCUGGUCACAGGUGGGGUUGCUGGUGCUGGUGCUGGCGGCUGGCGCUGGUGCUGGUUCCUGGUGCUGGCAGCUGGCACUGGGGCUGGUUCCUGAUGCUGGCGGCUGGCGCUGGGGCUGGUUCCUGGUGCUGGCGGCUGGCGCUGGUGCUGGUUCCUGGUGCUGGCGGCUGGCACUGGGGCUGGUUCCUGGUGCUGGCGGCCGGCGCUGGGGCUGGUUCCUGGUGCUGGCGACUGGCGCUGGGGCUGGUUCCUGGUGCUGGCGGCUGGCGCUGGGGCUGGUUCCUGGUGCUGGCGGCUGGCGCUGGGGCUGGUUCCUGGUGCUGGCGGCUGGCGCUGGGGCUGGUUCCUGGUGCUGGCGGCUGGCGCUGGGGCUGGUUCCUGGUGCUGGCGGCUGGCGCUGGUGCUGGUUCCUGGUGCUGGCGGCUGGCGCUGCGACCGCCGGUGCGACGGGCGAGGUGCAAGGUGGCGCUGGCUGCAGUCGAUGGCGCAAACGCGAUCGCGGGCCGCUGGCGACUUCGCUGGCGACUUCGCUGGCGGGUCGCUGGCGGCGGGUCCGCUGGCGUUCGCCAUAG